AUGUCAAAGAUUGAAGAGAUCGACACGGUGUUAAAGCAUACUUAUACAACAUUGGCUAUCACAGAUGGUCUCGGACAUGUUACGGUCAACAGAACGUGGACGAUGACAUCAAACAUUGCAGAGUCAUUGAAUGCGGUAAUAAAAGAUGCAAGAGAGCUACCCGUAGUAGAACUAUUAGAGUACAUGAGGACUCUUCUUGAACGCUGGACUAAUGAAAAGUUAUUGAAUGCAAAAGGUAUGUUCACAUACCUUAGGAAAAAAUACAACAAAGAGUUGGAGAACAACCGGACAUUAUUGCAGAGGAUGAGAGUGAGGCCUUCCACAAAUCACAUCCAUACUGUGAUAGAUGGUGUGAAGCGCUUCAUUGUGUGCCUUCAAAAUAAGAGAUGUACUUGUGGACAAUUCCACCUUGAUGAACUUCCUUGUGCACAUGCUUUGGCGGCUUUGAGGCACAUGAACGAGUCUUAUGAAAACUAUUGUUCUCCUUAUUACACGAGGGAGAGUCUUUUGAAGACUUAUGAAAUAUCAGUAGACCCGCUUCCUGAUGAAAGCAAAUGGAAUGUGCCACAACAUAUAGCUGAAGAAGUUGUAAUGCCACCUACUAGGAAAAGACAGCCAGGGAGACCUCAAAAACAAAGAUACAAACCAUAUGAUGAAGUAAAUGCAAAUAAGUACAAGGUUUCAUGUGGAAAAUGCGGAGUAGAAGGGCAUAACAAAAGAUCUUGUAGGAAUGCUCCCAAAAGGAAAUAA